AUGGUUAUGCGUCCAGAGAUCACAGUCGUCUGGCCCCUCCGUACACCGGGAUCGGGAGCGAUGAGACGGCCCUCUUGUGACCGGAACCUCCGGCUGUGGGUGUCGCUGUGCGGCCUCUUUGGCGGCCUCCGGGGGGCGCUCGUGACCCGGAAUUCCAGGCCCAACAUCGUCCUGCUGAUGGCGGAUGACCUGGGGGUCGGGGAUGUCUGUUGCUAUGGCAACAGCACCGUCAGCACCCCCAACAUCGACCGCCUGGCCCGGGAGGGAGUGAGACUCACCCAGCACCUGGCGGCCGCCUCUGUGGGCACCCCGAGCCGGGCCGCCUUCCUGACCGGCCGCUACCCCAUCCGAUCAGGGAUGGCGUCCGCCUUCAACAUGAACCGUGGCCUUGCCUGGCUGGGGGGCUCUGGAGGUCUCCCCACCAACGAGACGACCUUCGCCAAGUUGCUGCAGGAUCGGGGCUACCGCACUGGACUCAUAGGGAAGUGGCACCAGGGCCUGAGCUGCGCCUCGCGGGGCGACCACUGCCACCACCCCCUCCACCACGGGUUCGACUACUUCUACGGGACGCCCUUCGGCCUCCUGAGCGACUGCCGGGCGUCCGAGACGCCGGAGCUGCACCGCCGGCUGCGGGUGGCGCUGGGCGCGUCCACGGCGGCCCUGGCCCUGGUGCCCGUCCUCCUGCUGGUGCCCGCGUGCGCCCGCUGGUUCGCCGUGCCCUGGGGCGCGGUCCUGGCCUCCGCCCUCCUGGCCCUGCUCUUCUUCCUCGGCUGGUUCUCCAGCUACGGGUUCGUCCGGCGCUGGAACUGCGUGCUCAUGCGGGGCCACGACGUCGUGCAGCAGCCCCUGCGGGAGGAACGGGCGUCCGCGCGGAUGAUCGGCGAGGCGGUCGCCUUCGUCCGCAGGAAUAUGCGGGGACCGUUUCUCCUGUUCGUGUCGUUCCUGCACGUCCACACGCCGCUGAUCACCAAGGAGAAGUUCGUGGGGCGCAGCAAGUACGGUCGCUAUGGCGACAACGUGGAGGAAAUGGAUUGGAUGGUGGGUAAGAUCCUGGAUGUCCUGGACAAGGAGUGCCUGGCCAACCACACGCUGGUGUACUUCACCUCGGACAACGGAGGCUACCUGGAGGCUCAGGCCCGCGGGGAGCGCCUGGGCGGCUGGAACGGGGUCUACAAAGGUGGGAAAGGGAUGGGCGGAUGGGAAGGGGGCAUCCGCGUGCCCGGAAUAUUCCGGUGGCCGGCGGUGCUGGAGGCCGGGAAGGUGAUUGACGAGCCCACCAGCCUCAUGGACAUUUACCCAACGCUGUCUUACGUCGCCGGAGGAAUUUUGCCCGUGGACAGAGUGAUCGACGGCCAGAACCUGAUGCCGCUGCUGGAAGGCCGGGCUCGCCACUCAAGCCACGAGUUCCUCUUCCACUACUGCGGCGUGUACCUGCACGCCGUCCGGUGGCAUCAGAAAGACUGCGCCACCGUGUGGAAGGUCCAUUACGUGACCCCCAAGUUUUCCCCGCCGGAAGCUGGCGCCUGCUACGCCGCCGGCAUCUGCUCCUGCACGGGAGACGUCACCCACCACGAUCCUCCCCUGCUCUUCGACAUCUCGAGGGACCCCUCCGAGACCCGCCCCCUCAGCCCGGACCACGAGGCGGUAUACGACUCCGUGGCCCGGAAAGUCGAGGCGGCCGUCCGCGAGCACCGUCGGACGCUCACGCCGGCCCCCCAGCCUUCCGUGUUCAACAUCCUCUGGAAGCCGUGGCUGCAGCCCUGCUGUGGGACCUUCCCCCUCUGUGGGUGCGACAAGGAGGAGGACUUGAUACCCCACGUGUGAGGAAAAGGGCGGGGCCGCUUGUCACC